AAAAUGGCCUCAGCAGCGUUUCAUGUAACUAAAGAAACAACUAAUUACGCCCGGUUAUGCAAACUUCUGGUGGAUGUCGGUACACAUAUUCUGAAAGAGACAUUUGAGAAAAAGCGUCCGCCAGGAAAACUGGAAAUAGUUUUGUCAACUCCUCAAGUUCAUGAAUUGCUACAAGACCUCAGAAGAAGAAAAGUGCUGAAUCCAUCACAAUGGGGAAAACUGUAUCCUACCAUAAAAUCUUCAGUUUCAUCUCAGCAUUUUGAUAUCACUCUGCUGAUGGUUUUGCUGAGACACAUUUGUGGUCUUGUUCCUCCGGCUACUGGCUGGGAUACACUUCCUCCUACAACAGACACAACCCCUGAGGCAGAUAUCGUUCGCAUCAAGUGCUACAGAAACGCAGUUUACGGUCAUGCCUGCGAGGCCUCAGUCAAUGAUGCAACAUUCAAUCAAUACUGGAAAGACAUCCAAGAUGCAUUGGUGAGACUGGGAGGAGCUGAUUUCCAAAGUGCUAUUGAUGAUCUGAAAAAGGAAUGCAUGGACCCUGAGUUCGAAGAACACUUCAAAGAGCUUCUCAAGCAGUGGGUGAUGGAUGAAGUCAGCAUCAAAGAACGACUGGAUGAAAUUGGUAAAAGUCUGAAUGAAGUCAAGGAAGCAGUCGUUCAUACCAAAAAGAAAGCAGGAGACAAAGGUAAUCCCACGAAAAUGGAGGGAAAAGAGGACAUAAAUAUUCUGAUACUGGGAGAAACUGGAGUUGGAAAGUCCACUUGGAUCAAUGCGUUUUCCAAUUAUUUGAAGCAUGGUUGUCUCCGAGCCGCCAUCGAUGCGAGUGAAUUUACUUUUUUGAUACCAUUUAGGUUUGCUCAUACGAGUGAAGAAGGGGACGAGAAGGAAGUUUCCUUUGGUUCUGAUGCAAAUGAACAUUUCGCCACCGGUCAGUCUGCUACGCAGUCCCCUCGGGAGUAUAUGUUUGAGACAAAGGACGCCAAGUUCAACCUUAUAGACACUCCAGGCAUUGGGGACUGUCGAGGAACUAACAAAGACAAACAACACUUUGAAGAAAUUAUGGCCUCUCUCAGCAUCUACGGCAAGAUCCAUGCUGUGGUUGUGCUUCUCAAGCCAAACAAUCCCAGGUUGUCUGUGGCUUUCAAAUUUUGUGUUUUGGAGCUGCUUAAGCACCUUCACAAGUCACUGCAAUCCAACAUCAUAUUUGCCUUUACUAACUCCAGGGGAACGUUUUACCAGCCAGGAGACACCCUGCCAGUUCUCAAGAAACUCCUAGAGAAAAACAACCUUAACAUUGAUGUUUCGCCUUCCAACUAUUUUUGUUUCGACAACGAAUCUUUCAGAUUUCUUGCCUGCCACAGGAAGGGAAUUAAAUUUACUCCGGAUAAGGUUGGCAUCUACCAAGAGAGUUGGGACAAGUCGUACAAAAAUACGACCAAGCUCCUUGAGAAAGUGAUGGAAAUGAAGCCACAUGAGACGAAGGAGACUUUGAGCUUGAACAAUGCUAGAGAAUAUACAUUGGCCUUAGCCAAACCUAUGGCAGAAGCUGUCGAACUAAUUAAUAUCAACUUGAAGAAGAUUAAAGCGGAAAAAGAGAAGUGCAAAGCUUACGACAGCGACAUCGAAAGUUUUCGAGCUCAGUUAAAUUUCAAAGGGUUCGAUCUCACUUUAAUGAAGCUAAAACGCCCCAUAACUGUCUGUGCUGGUAAAGGAUGUAAGACGUAUGUGAAUGUUGGUGAAGAUCGUGUGAGGCAUACUGUCUAUAAUAGGAUCUGCCAUGAUCCUUGCUACCUUUCGGGAGUGCCCUAUGAGACUACCGACAACGAGAAACUUCGUGAUUGUAAAGCAAUGAAAAAGGAUGGUUUUUGCAGUAAAUGUCCUCACAGCUACAAAGCCCACAUGCAUAUCACCUACAAAACUACCCUCGUAGAGAAGGAAUUCUUUUCUAAGGAAACACACAAGAUUAUUUUGAAGAAAAAAGGUAUGAAGUCCCAGAAAGAAGAGUUCAUUCGUCUUUUGAAAGCGCGAAUUGAUGAAUUAGAGAAAGAAAAGAAAUAUAUCUAUGAAACCGCAUGCUUUUUCGCCAUCUUUCUCAAAAACAACGCCAUGAUCCCUUACAACGACGCCUUUGGCGAAUACAUCGACAUGCUAAUCCAAGAUGAGGAAGAUAAGGAGAAGGAGAACAGGGACUCCAAGAAAAUCAAACAGUUAGUGAAGGAAAAACAGGCUUAUGAGGAGACGAAAAAACUUCUCAUCGAAACGAUGGCAUCGAGCUCUGACGGAGAGUUGGGAAAUUCACGCAUAGAGGAAAGCUACAAUAGAAAAGAAAAGCUCUGUUCUUUGAAGCACAAUGGAAAUAUGCUGAAAGAGGUUCUAGAUGGCGUCAUGUCUGCAACACACAAUAUGUUCAGAGAAAGAAGAGUCAGCGUCUGCAACAAAGGGAAACCUCUCUGGUGAACUCCGUCAGCGGCAACCUCUGAAUCUCCUUUAGCUGGGAGGGAAAGAUUAACGAACGUUUGAAUGGUCAAUAAUUUGUGCCCAUAAGUAGAUAUUUUUGAGAUAUUUCAUUAACAACAUAACUCUCUGUGCCUAUAGUGGGUGGCUGACUUGGUAUGUCUUCGACAAUUGCGCACUAUAGUUAAUACAUUUGCUGUUUGUGAUAUUUACAUUUGUGACUUUUUAAAAGUCGAUCAGUCAGGAAAAAAGGAAAAGCCUAUGUUUCCUAAUAUCAAAAAUACUAGGUAGAAAUCUAUUUCCAUGUUGCUUUUCUAAAUUAAGCAAUACAUGCUUUGAAGCAAGACUUUGCAAUCAAAGCAAUCAAGUAGAGAACGCGAUAUUUUGCCGCAGAGUUUAGCUGUUCUCAGAGGUGAACAUUUUGCCAAUAGACAAGCUUGAAGAAAACUAUGGUAAUGGAAUAUUCCGAGUGUGAUCGAAUCUGUUAAUAGGGAAGUAAGAGAUUUUUCGUAAGGGGAAAGAGUGAUGACCGUUAGACUGUCUAUUGUAGCUUCGGGCUCACCGAAAGGCCUUGGUUAGCCCUGUGGGUUUCCGUUUUUUAACUCUACACAGAACAAUCAAGUAGCUUGUUUGAUAUCCUGCUCUUAAGGCACAUAAUCAAUUAAGUUUGGCUGAGUUGUUUUUAAUUCCGCACCUUCGUAUUGAUCACUCAACAAAAAGAAGACAAAGAUCAAAAAGAGGCUGGCGCAUAUUUUUAUGUUAGGGAAGAACCUUUGUCUUUAGAUUUCGAUCAGAUAUAUAGAUGCUUUGGUUCCUCGAGUGUUUUCCUUUGCAAAUUACAGUAGUUUUGUUGAAAGUAAGGUUUUUGUCUUGCAGACGAUCAGUUAGCUUUUGUUCUUUUUGGCUAAAAUAAGGGCGUCAUCAUUUACUAGUAUAGGAUUUUAUCAGCAUUGAGUGAGUUUCGGAGUGUUGUGUUAUUCGCAAGAAAUUACCACGAGUUAAAUCAUUUUAUACGAGACAAUGACUUACCUUAGUUAGGCCUAGCUUAAACUUCAUAUUUUUGAGGUCUCAGUUUACGGCCUUCAACAGUUAUACAACGAUAAGAUGUUAAGGGAAUAAAGAGGUGUGUUUUA